AUGCGGCCUUUUUUUGCCAUAACCUGGCUUGCCGCCAGUUUCUCAAUGGCUGCUGCAUCCGCUGAAGCUAUUGAAGCAAGUAGCCAAGCCGUUCCUCUGUGUCCUCCUCCUUUUGAUGGAGGAAGUAUUUGCACUAUCGACCCCGAUGAUUGUCGGGUUGAAGGGCAUGGAUGUUCAUCUGGACUGAUGUGCUGUAAUACUGGCGGUUGUGGAAAUUAUAAAUGUGUUCGGCCUAGAUAG